AUGGCCAUAGCUCAGUUCGCCUUCAUCGGUUUGGCCGUACUCUAUCCGACGACGGUGGGCAUCACGUGUUCCAAGGAGGAUCUGGAAUGCCUAAUACACUUCUGGAGAGGCGUGGGAUACUUAUUGGGCAUGGAGGAUCGCUUCAAUCUAUGCCAAGGCACCUACGAAGAAACCACUAAUCUGUGUCGAGAAAUACUGGAAGAGGUGGUCAAACCCGCCAUCAAAUCGUCACCCAAAGAGACUACUCAGAUGAGUAGAAACGUGGUCAAAGCUUUAAACAGUUUUAUUAUAUUUUUGAGUUGGGAGGCGAUGGCCAAAUUCUGGUUUCAGAUCAUCGAUUUGCCCACGGACUUUGCCAUGGCCGUGAUGGAAAAAACCGGUUUCUGGUUGAUGUGGAUUACUUUUCGUUACAUUCUGCGCGUUGUGUACGUCGUCGUCAGGAAAUUGCAGUUCGAAAACUACCUCCGUAAAUACAUUAGUCCUGCUNUACAAAUACAUAUAUAUAUAUAG